CAGCGCACAGAGAAAAUAGUUCGCGCUCGGAGAGACACGACGAUCGCUUCGAGAAACGUGACACUCGUGACAGUAGUUUUGCAACGUUUACGCGAUUCGGAAUAAAAGUUUUAAGGCUGAUCGAUUGAUAGGAGUCGUACGUCCGGGGUAUAUACUGUCCCCGUGUAACGAUCAAGAGAUUCAUCUCUGUGUAGUAGGCGCGUGAGUAGUAAAGGGCGCGGAUAUUGCUGCGCUGCACGUUGUGGAAGGAAGCAGAAAUCGACUACUAGCAGGAAGUGGGUAGAAGGGGGGUACGUCGUUGGAGCUAGUUGAUUCGGUGGUGGCUACAUGUGGCUGUCCGCCGGUCGCGACAAGGAGACAUUUCCUAUUUGGGCAUAAAAAUUACGUUUCACAAGAAUAAAUCGAUAGCCGAAAGAAGGUGAAAUCAUGCAGAUGGACCCAACGACGGUGCAACUGAUCCAGGUUCUCGAAAGGACCGUCUCGUCAGAGAAAAAUGAGCUGGAGGCAGCUCAGAAUUUCUUGGAGCAAGCAGCACAAACUAAUCUUCAUGAGUUUAUGCAAAGACUCAGCGGCGUGCUGGUUACUGCCGCUGCAAGCCCGGUUGCCCGUAUGGCAGCCGGUCUUCAACUCAAAAAUCAACUUACAUCCAAAGAUGGUCAAUUGAAAUAUCAAUAUCAGCAGCGCUGGCUUCAAAUUCCAGCAGAGAGUAGGGAGUUUAUUAAGAAAAAUAUUUUUGGAGCACUCGGAACAGAAAACAAUAGGCCAAGUUCUGCGGCACAAUGUGUCGCAUACGUUGCAGUUGCUGAAUUACCUGUUGGCCAAUGGACCAACAUUAUUCAGUUACUAGUGAACAAUGUUGUUAAUCCAAACAGUACGGAAAUAAUGAAAGAGGCGACUCUAGAAGCCAUUGGUUAUAUUUGCCAAGAAAUAGAAAGCGAUGUUUUGAUACCUCAAUCUAACCACAUUCUCACCGCUAUUAUUCAUGGCAUGAAGGGAUCUAGUACUUCGCAUCACGUACGGCUUGCGGCUACAAGUGCACUCUACAAUUCCUUGGAAUUUACCAAAGGAAAUUUUGAGAUAGAGACAGAGAGAAAUUUCAUCAUGGAGGUGGUGUGCGAAGCGACACAGUCUGUAAAUACGCAAGUCAAAGUAGCUGCUUUACAGUGUUUGGUGAAAAUUAUGUCUUUGUAUUAUCAGUAUAUGGAGCCAUACAUGGCUCCGGCACUCUUUCCUAUUACUUUAGAAGCCAUGAAAUCAGAUAUCGACGAAGUUGCACUUCAGGGAAUUGAGUUUUGGUCGAACGUAUCCGAAGAAGAGGUAGAUUUAUCCAUGGAAGAAGGGGAAGCUUCCGAUGGAGGUCGACCUCCCGUUAAAGUAUCAAGGCAUUAUGCAAAAGGAGCUUUGCAAUAUUUGGUACCUGUUUUGAUGAAAAAACUCACCAAGCAAGAAGAAUUCGACAACGAAGACGAUUGGAACCCUUCGAAAGCCGCAGGAGUGUGUUUGAUGUUAUUGUCCUCUUGUUGCGAAGAGGCGAUUUUCCCUUACGUUCUUCCCUUUGUUAAGGAAAAUAUCGAAAGUCCAAACUGGAGGCAUCGAGACGCUGCUUUAAUGGCUUUCGGUUCGAUUCUCGGAGGAUUAGAUCCUGGCACGAUUAAGCCAUUAAUAGAACAAGCGAUGCCAACGUUAAUCGAAUUAAUGUACGAUAAUAGCGUCGCGGUAAGGGAUACGGCUGCUUGGACGUUCGGUCGUAUUUGUGAGAUUAUUCCGGAAGCAGCGAUCAACGAUACGUACUUGAAGCCAUUACUAGAAGCCUUAAUAAACGGUUUGAAGGCAGAGCCUCGUGUGGCGGCGAACGUUUGUUGGGCGUUUACGGGGCUUGCGGAAGCCAGCUACGAAUCUGCGGAGACUGUCGAACCCGGGCAGCAACCGGAAACUUACUGUAUGUCUCAGUAUUUCGAUUUUAUUAUCCAAAGACUGUUGGAAACGACGGAUCGUCCGGACGGAGGUCAAGCGAAUUUACGGUCAGCUGCAUACGAGGCUUUGAUGGAGAUGGUGAAGAAUUCCCCACGAGAUUGUUACGUGACCGUACAGAAGACGACGAUGGUGAUCCUGGAGAGGUUGCAGCAGGUACUGCAAAUGGAAACACACAUCCAGACUCACACGGAUCGUGCUCAAUACAAUGACCUGCAGUCGUUGCUGUGCGCCACUUUGCAAUCUGUACUACGUAAGGUUACACCGGAGGAUGCGCCGCAGAUAUCCGACGUGAUCAUGACGGCAUUAUUGUCUAUGUUUAAUUCGAACUCCUGUAAGGAAGGUGUACAGGAGGAUGCUCUCAUGGCCGUUUCGACUUUGGUCGAAGUGCUUGGAGAAGGAUUCCUCAAGUACAUGGAUGCGUUUAAACCGUAUCUUUGCCUCGGUUUGAAGAAUCACGCAGAAUACCAGGUUUGCUGCGCCGCUGUGGGCUUGACUGGCGACAUUUGCCGCGCCUUGAAAAGCAAGAUGUUACCUUAUUGCGACGAGAUUAUGACCCUGUUACUGGAAAAUCUUAGUAACAACACGGUUCAUCGUUCGGUGAAGCCUCAGAUUUUUUCGGUUUUCGGAGAUGUCGCUCUUAGUAUCGGUCCCGAAUUUAAAAAAUACCUCGACGUGGUGCUGCAAACGUUGGCACAAGCCUCGCAGGCAAAUGUCGACAGGACCGAUUACGACAUGAUCGAUUAUUUGAACGAAUUACGAGAGGGUGUCUUAGAGGCUUAUACCGGCAUCGUGCAAGGAUUACGAGGCGACAUGUCAAAUUCUUGUCCGGAUGCUGCGAUUGCUUUGGUCGAUCCUCAUGUACCUUUCAUCAUUCAAUUUAUCACGUCGAUAGCUCAGGACCGUGAACAUUCUGAAGGCAACAUAACGGCUUCGGUGGGCUUGCUCGGUGACUUGGUAACUGUAUUUGGAGUUAAAUUGCUACCGGUGGUAGAGACUGAACCGCUCACCGAAUUGCUAACCAAGGCGAGACGAUCGCGCACUCAAAAGACCAAAGUCUUGGCCAGCUGGGUAGCCAAAGAGAUUCGAAAGCUUAAGAACGUUGCCAACUCAACGUCCAGUUGAUCACCCCACGGGUUGUACUGUCGUGCAAUUUAAUUUGACUAGAAAGCUAUCGAACACAAUGCAAAGACAACAAGAUUGGAUGGUGCGGAUGCGAGUUGAUGGAUGUGCGUGAGUUCCAAAAGCGAUGACGAUGAUGGGGUGAUGAGUCUGCACGUGUCCCUGCUCUGGCGACGGUAUUCGAGUACCGGCACGUCAAACGCAGCCCAAUUGGCCGACAAACAAACAAAAACAAAACAAACAAAAGCAGAAUAAAAAAUUGAAAGAAUACCUGUCUGCCGGAUGUCUGCCGACAACUGAGGAGUGCAAGUGGAUUGUUGCCGAUGAAUGAGCCAAGGUCGAAGCCUGCCUGCCGAGAUGAUGUUCCGGUGAUGCAAGUAUGCCUGUUAACAAGCCUGGGGCUUCUACCCGCGUGAUUGAGAAGUUGAACCUGAGGAAAGGACGACUUCGAUGGACAGUGAUCGUGGCCAGUGAGAAAGAAAGCGAGAAAGAGACAGAUGAAUGAGAAAGAAGAUUAAAAUGUGAUAGAGAAAUUAAAUGAGAGAGAGAGAGAGAGAAAGAGAGACUGUAACGUUGAUAAGAAUGUGGAAGCAAUUGAUAGAGAGAAUGAUUUCCUAUAUGUAUGCGUGUGUGAUAGUCGUAUAUAAUAUGAAAUAAAACGCCAUCGAACGGACGACUGUACAUCGUCUCGCAGAAAGUACAUUUACUACACGCGUUCGUUGUAAAGCUUUAGCUUUCCCCCUGCCACUGUAGCUUAUCAACGAAGCGUGUAACAUCUUUUCGAUUCCUCGCUGAACGAUCAUCGUCGCUCGCUAGAUGAGAAUCGAAUGAUUGUUGGCGUGAUUCGCAGUUAACGAGCGAAAUAAAUGAUCGUCGAAAUGCUGAUUGAUAUCCGAUGCAGCGAAAUGUUGCGUGAGUGCUUAUGGAGUAAUAGAAAGAGAGAAAGAAAGAAAGAGAGAGAGAGAGAGAGAGGAGUGAGCGAACGAGAAAAGAACGUGAGAAAUACUGAAUGAUUGUACAAAAAAUAAUAAACGAAACAAAAAGGUCGGAAAGAUUCGAAAUACUGGUGACCCCUGGUCCCCAAUCAUGUUGCGCGAGAAUCCAAACGAUCCGUUGUAGUACGAUGAUGCGUAUGUUAUUUUCCCCUCGUAUGUGAAUGUCUGUUGCUGUUGAUAAUUCAUUAAAAUUAAUAUUUUGCUGGCAUAAGUUAUUGAGUUGUACCGAAAUCCUCGUCCGGUCUGAACGUUCGCGAAGAAACACACAAGAGCAUAAAGCAAAAACAAGAAAAAGAAUACGAUCGAGUGACUAGCCCCACCCUCUUGAAAUAUACAUAUACUCCGUUUGUUGGUUGUAGUCCCGCGUUAGUAGAUACUAAAAUGAUUGCACACGAUCACUGUAUGUUAUCCUUAAAAAGAGCUUAUUAGAGAUCUUCGACGAAUCUUAGAAUAUCAGACGAGAGCUUUUUCGCACUGCCAAUUACAUAUAUCGUGGGACAGUGUUGGUAUACUCUUUGUCCCAGACAUUUUCUAAUCUCUCGUUUCUUCCUUUUCGAAUUUCAAUAUCCUCGAGAAAAUAUUGAAUCGAUUCGAGGUAUCAUACUGUCGAAGAAGUCGUCUUCCUGGUCUUUCUGACUUCGUUAUAGAAGGGCAUUCGUCGAAGAUCAGGUAAACCAUUCGAGCAGUAUUACUCGUUCCAUUCGUACUAUGUUUCGGAGUUUGUUGAAUACAGUGAUCGUGUAAAUCGUGGCCGAUACUACGUGAAACAAAGGUAAUUGACGUGUAACCCAGUUUAGUGUAUUGCUGGGAUAUACUUCAAAUGUCUCGAUUCGCGGAGACUAUGGCAACUUAGGAUUUUGCUUUUGUACUAUCUGAUUAGACCUCUUGAAUCCUGAAACGAGCGUACAUAAAAAAUCAGGGACACCUCUGAAUCGGGUAACCCUUUGAGCUGUUCGUAACGGUAGUCACCCGAAAGUAUUAAUCCUGUUCGGUCGAUUAUAAAUACGACGCAUUCUUACUUUUUUAAUGAAUUGGCAAAUUGCACCGAUCAAGCGCUACGAAUUAAUCGAUGUUGAUAUGCUUAUGAUUUCUUACGAGUCUAUUUACAUUUUGACGAUCAACUAUCAUGCUUUGUUCUACCUUGAUGAAACGUUCGGGCGCAAUCAAAGGGUUAACGACGCAGAAAUAAGUUUAGUUUUGUCCUUUGCUCGUAGUAUUCCGGCCUCGCGGAUGAGAUUCCUAAUAGAUUGUUAUUCAGCCUCUAUUGGAGGCUUCACGGCGUGUUAUUUAGUAAGAUUUCAAAGAAAAGAUUAAACGGACAGACGGACGGACGGACGGACGGUCGGUUGGACGCCUCUAAUAAUAUAAUACAUAGUUACGUCACGUUACCGAAAACGUGGCCGUGGUUAGUGCCAUUGCAUUCCAAAUACUUUUGCCAGCGGAAAGCACUCUAUAUUAACGUGCGAGACCACCGUUCUUUCGCGCGAUUGCCGGAACUGUAUAUUUUAUAGCGUUUUCAUUAAUAACUUUACUUACACACUUUUCUCGAGUACGCCUCGUUUUUACGCGAAACUUUUACGUAUACGGACACGAUAUAAAGAGAUGUUAUUACGAAAAUCGAAAUUAACACUCGGCUGAUGACGAUGAUUAUGAUGAUGAUGAUGAUGAUGAUGAUGAUGAUAAUGAUGGUCGUGAUGGUGGUGGUGGUGGUACGUGAUGAGCGAUGGUUUCUUUCUCGAUGGAAACCAUGAUAAAAACGGGACAAACGUGUUUCGACGAAAUCAAAAUGGAAAAAUUAAAAGAAAAGAAAGAGCGAGGAACAACAUUGGCGUAUAAAAAAAAAA